AUGGGCCGCGAGUUUGGGAAUUGGACGCAGAUGCGACAUGUGAUCUCCUACAGCUUGUCACCUUUUGAGCAGCAUGCCUUCCCGCACUACUUCCGUAAAGGAAUCCCCAACUUGCUGCGCCGCACUCAGGAGUCUUUCCUUCAUGUAAUGCCGCCGUUUGUAGUGCUUUAUCUUAUCUAUACAUGGGGGACUCAAGAGUUCGAGAGAUCCAAGGGGAAGAAUCCAGCUGUCCAUGAAAAUGACAAAUGA